AAGUCAGUCAGUCAACAUUUAGAAAUCAUAUCACAUUUCGGUUCGUUCAACAGUGACGUAUCGUACGCUUGGCAAAAAAAAUAUGAGCGAAACGUACAAAAAUGGAAUCAUUCGCUCUCUCUUGCUAUUAUUUUUCAUUUUCGAAACGGUUCGAAGUGCGGUAUACAUCGAUACGAAAUUAGGGCACAUAAAAGGCACCAAAGGUACGAGUCGUGAUGGGAAAAAAUUCAAUAUUUUUCUAAAAAUACCUUACGCUCAACCACCGUUGGGGAAAUUGAGGUUUCGGAACCCAGCUCCAGUCCAACCGUGGAAUGGUACAUUGGAUGGGACAAUUCAUCCACCACUUUGUCCACAGUUACUACCUGUAGCCUUAUUAGGAGAUGAAGAUUGCCUAUACUUGAACGUAUACACUCCAAGUGUAGAGAAAGACGCCAAAUUGCCAGUUCUGAUAUGGAUUCAUCCUGGCAGAAGGUUAUUCGGAGACGCCCUGCCUUCUCACUACGGUCCCGAGUACUUUAUGGAUAAACCGAUGAUAAUAAUCACCGCCAAUUACCGUCUGGGAGGACUAGGUUUUUUCAGCACCGAGGACGAAGCAGCAAGUGGCAAUUGGGGACUAAAGGAUCAAUCAGCCAUAUUAAAAUGGACUCGAAACUAUAUCAGUGAUUUCGGAGGCGAUCCUACCAACAUCACGUUAUGUGGAGAGAGCUCGUCAGCUGUUGAUGUAGCUCUACAUUUGCACUCUACUUUAUCCAGAGGUCAAUUCGAUAAAGGAAUUUCGCAAAGUGGACAUCCCAUGAAUUUCAGGACUAUUCUGCCAAAAGGGGUGAGCGUAUCACGAGCAUGGGCUCUGGCAAGAAUGACCCACUGCCAUAAUGAGACUGUGAAGACCUCCGAAGAUCUAGUCGAAUGUUUACGAACAAUUCCCGCUCAUGAGAUAGUCCUUAAGACUUAUUUCCUAUCGUACGACUACGUCCUUCCACAUUCCGUUUUUGGUCCAGUCAUCGAAGAAAAAUCUGCAGGAGCUUUUCUCACCAGCCAUCCGAUACAAGAUCACAGCAAGAUUACCAACAAGGUGCCUUGGCUUCUAGGAGUGACCACAGAUGAAGGAUCACAAAAGACAUUGGGUCUUUACAGCCGAAAAAUAUGGUGGAAUCACAUCAUCGGCAACUACCAACGAAUAUUUCCCGAAUUAUUCAGUUACGAGCAUUUACCAAAUGCCACCAACAUCACGGAAAUCUUGAUAGAGAAAUACGUAGGUGAAAAACCACUGAUCGAAGCUUUUGAAGAAAUAUCCAAGAUGUUUGGAUUUUGUACAGUACAUUUGGGCAGUAUAGAAGCAGCCAUUAAUUACGGAGGGCCCACGUAUUUCUACCAUUUCGACCAUUUACACGAUGUCCCUUACGUGAGGAUAUAUCUAUAUUUACUCAGAAUGUACGCUAAAAAGAAAACAGGAGUAAUUCACGGAGAGGAAAUAAGAGGCUUAUUUUAUCAACCUUACUUGUUCCCUCCGGUCGUAAAAGGACCAGAUAGAUACGUAUCCGAUAAUUUGAUUAAUUUUUGGUAUAAUUUUGCAGCAUUCAGCAACCCCAACGGACCUAGGAAAGGAGAACAAGUAUGGAAACCUGUACGUACAAAAAAUCUAGAAUACCUAUACAUAAGUGGCCAGGAUAUAUCCAUGAAAUCGAACCCCUUUUGGGAAGAAUACCACUAUUGGAAGAAUCUAUCAAUGCCACCCCUGCUCACAUCUCGCAUGCUCAAUGACCGUAAAAUAUUAAGUGUUUUUAUGUAGUAAAGAACUAUAGACGAUAAUUUUAUACCAUUUUUGUACAUUAUGCAUUUUUUUUUUUGCUAAUAUAGUGAAAAAAUAU